GCGCCGGAAGCCCCGGCGGCGGCGGCGGAUGGAGGCUGAGCCCGAGCCCGAGCCCGAGCGAGCGGAGGCGCCGCGGCGGGGGGGCGUCGCCGGGAUACUAAGGAUGGGCCGUCGAGCCCGCCAGGACCUCUUGGCAGAUGAAAAUCUCAUCAGGAAGAAUUCCCCGUCUGCUUCUCUUGGAGAGGAUGAAGACUCUGAGGAAAAGGUUGACCAUGGUCCACCACCUAAACCGCCACGCCGGCAAGGAGGCUGGGCAGAUGAUCCUGUAAUGGCACCUAUCAAGUCAGGAAGAAAGCAUGCAGAAGAAGUAGAAGACCAUCGUCUCAGACAGCAGAGCCUGGAGGCAUCAGAUGAUGGAGGAGACAUUCCUGUGAUCCCUGAUUUGGAGGAAGUCCAGGAGGAAGACCUGGCCAUGCAAGUGGCAGCUCCCCCUAGUGUACAGGUGAACCGAGUGCUGACCUACCAAGACCUGGACAAAGAUUUAAUGAAGUAUGCUGCCUUUCAGACUCUGGAUGGGGAGGUAGACCUGAAGCUCCUCACCAGAGUUUUGGCUCCGGAGCAUGAACUACGAGAGGAUGAUGACCGCUGGGAUUGGGACCAUCUCUUCACAGAGGUGUCCUCAGAACUAGUGACUGAGUGGGACCUGGGACAGUCUGAGAGAGAGGACCACCUCAGUUUGCCAUAGAGUACUGGCACAAAAGACAUCUCAUACAUGCAUCCAUCCCCUGUAAAUAGUUUAGCACUUCGACUUUCUAUUUACUUCUUUGUAUUUGAGACCUUACUUCAGACAUGAAAAUAAAUAGGAUCUUGUCUUCACAGAAAAAAAAUGUCUCGGGAGAAGUUUUGGGUACUUUGUAAUAAGAAUCUUUGUUGUCAAAAGAGAUGAAGAAUUCCAAACACCAUAAAAUAUUAACUUAUAUACAGUCA